AAUGAACUCUAUCCAUGUAAACAUUUUAGAUAUGGAAUCUUAAAAAAUGAAAGUCCUUAAAGCUUAUAAAAAUUAGUUCUUCGCCUUAUAGAUAAAUAUAAAGAAAAUGGAUAUAAAUAAUCUAAUAAAUCUGUCAUUCUUGUCAAUUAAUUAGGAGAGUUAUUCAUUGUUGUUGGUGUAGUUGGAGGUAUGAAUUUUAAUGAUUAAUAAAAAAAGUAAUAUUAGUCAUUUUUAUCAUUUCAGUUAAUUUGGAUAGUAUUUCCUUCGAAAAGUAUAAGAAUUAAAUCUCUAAUUUAGACAAGAUAGUUUUGAAACAUCUGUUAUUGAAAUUCACAAAGAUGAUUUUCCUAAUUUAAUUGAUGCUAUCACUUAUUUAAAAAAAAAAAUUGAUCAAUUUAUUUAUAAAAAAGACUUAUCAAUUAAAAUAUUUUUAACUUUAGAAAUUGUCUUACUAAAUAAUAUUUUUAUAAUUUAAUAAAAGUGUAAAAGGUCAAUGCACAGAGCAUCAGCCAAUGUAAGAUUAUCAAUCAAUUUUUUAUCUAAUAAUGAUUAAGAGUAAAGAGAGAAAAUUGAAAUUCAAUUGAUUCCAGCAUUAUAGAGUUUUUAAACGUUUAUUAAAAUGAGCAACGAAUCACAAAUGGCACAGAUUGUUGAUUCUUUAAUGGCUAUAGAAUUUUUUAAAAAGAAUUGUCCUGAAGGUUCAAGUUUAAGAGAUUUUAUUAUAUAUGCUGGAAAAGCAUUGACUUAUGAAUAUUAUAAGAAGGGUUAAAUUAUAUUUCAUUACGGUGAUUAUGGAGAUAAGUGUUUUAUGAUUCUAAAAGGGAAUGUUGGAGUAUUGGUACCUAAAGGAAAUCAUGAUGUUGAAUUAGAAAGGGAUUUUCUUUUAGAAACAAACAGAAGUGAACCUUGGAGUAGUGUUUGGAAGAGUAAAAAAUUACAGAAUAUAAUUGACAUGGAAUUACUAUUAGCUUAAGGAGAGGAUCCUUGGUUAAUAUCAAAUAGAUAUUUUGAAGGAGGAGUUUGCCUCUAUUAAAAGGUAUUUAAAAUAGAUAGAUUGUUAGAUUUAUUCUUAUUAUGGAGGAUAGACCUUUGGAGAUGUAUCUCUAUAUACAGAUAAACCAAGAACUGCAAGUAUAUUAGUAUUGUCUGAGGAUAUUCAUGUAAUCACAAUGAAUAAAACAGAAUACAAACAAAUUUGUGAGAAAUCACUUUAAGAUAUGAAUAGCAACGUUGACUAUUUUAUGAAGAUGUUACCAAGUAAUAGUAAAUUUGUAAUAACAAAAUUUAUGUAAUAUAUGCAUAAAAUCGAAUUUGCUCCUUAAAGUAUAUUAUGGAAAGAAGGUGAGGAAUCUAAAUUUUUUAUGCUAAUAUAAAAAGGGAGAGUAGAGUUAAUUAAAAAGAUUGGGAAGGUUAGAAUUACAUUAUGUUAAUUAAGUGAUAAUGGUUGGGUUGGACAAGAAGAAAUAUGUAUAUUAAAUAUGUAAAAUUAGUUGAUCAAUAAAUAAGACAGUCGACUUGUUAAUGUGCUGAUAAUACUGUUGCAUAUUAUAUUCAGAUUGAAGAAUUUAAUUAGAUAAGAAGAAACUUUCCAGAAAUCUGUAAAAUAUUGAAAGAGAAAUNUAAAAGGUCAAUGCACAGAGCAUCAGCCAAUGUAAGAUUAUCAAUCAAUUUUUUAUCUAAUAAUGAUUAAGAGUAAAGAGAGAAAAUUGAAAUUCAAUUGAUUCCAGCAUUAUAGAGUUUUUAAACGUUUAUUAAAAUGAGCAACGAAUCACAAAUGGCACAGAUUGUUGAUUCUUUAAUGGCUAUAGAAUUUUUUAAAAAGAAUUGUCCUGAAGGUUCAAGUUUAAGAGAUUUUAUUAUAUAUGCUGGAAAAGCAUUGACUUAUGAAUAUUAUAAGAAGGGUUAAAUUAUAUUUCAUUACGGUGAUUAUGGAGAUAAGUGUUUUAUGAUUCUAAAAGGGAAUGUUGGAGUAUUGGUACCUAAAGGAAAUCAUGAUGUUGAAUUAGAAAGGGAUUUUCUUUUAGAAACAAACAGAAGUGAACCUUGGAGUAGUGUUUGGAAGAGUAAAAAAUUACAGAAUAUAAUUGACAUGGAAUUACUAUUAGCUUAAGGAGAGGAUCCUUGGUUAAUAUCAAAUAGAUAUUUUGAAGGAGGAGUUUGCCUCUAUUAAAAGGUAUUUAAAAUAGAUAGAUUGUUAGAUUUAUUCUUAUUAUGGAGGAUAGACCUUUGGAGAUGUAUCUCUAUAUACAGAUAAACCAAGAACUGCAAGUAUAUUAGUAUUGUCUGAGGAUAUUCAUGUAAUCACAAUGAAUAAAACAGAAUACAAACAAAUUUGUGAGAAAUCACUUUAAGAUAUGAAUAGCAACGUUGACUAUUUUAUGAAGAUGUUACCAAGUAAUAGUAAAUUUGUAAUAACAAAAUUUAUGUAAUAUAUGCAUAAAAUCGAAUUUGCUCCUUAAAGUAUAUUAUGGAAAGAAGGUGAGGAAUCUAAAUUUUUUAUGCUAAUAUAAAAAGGGAGAGUAGAGUUAAUUAAAAAGAUUGGGAAGGUUAGAAUUACAUUAUGUUAAUUAAGUGAUAAUGGUUGGGUUGGACAAGAAGAAAUAUGUAUAUUAAAUAUGUAAAAUUAGUUGAUCAAUAAAUAAGACAGUCGACUUGUUAAUGUGCUGAUAAUACUGUUGCAUAUUAUAUUCAGAUUGAAGAAUUUAAUUAGAUAAGAAGAAACUUUCCAGAAAUCUGUAAAAUAUUGAAAGAGAAAUCUUAAAUAUUGAAAGAGUACAUGAAAACAAGAUACGAAAUGAUAAUAAAUAAUUUUAUUAACAAGCCAGAACUUAUAUAGAAGUAAUAAUAAAAAGUAGAGAGAAAGACUAUUUAAGAAAUCUUCCAUACUUCUAUAAAGACAAAAAGCCAAGACAUUAGAGAACAUUCUCCUAAAGCUUUAAGCAUUAUAGAGAUUACAGAAUAUAAUAACAAAAUAAAUUAAUUUAGAGUAGGUUUUUUAUUUCCAAUUAGGGUGGAUUCAAAAAUCUAAAUAUCUUUCCGAUGGAGAAAGAUUCUGUUCUAUUAAUUAGAGAUAGAGUUUGUAGAUAAUUGACUAAAUAAAACAAGAAAAAAGAGAAAGUUUAACCUCAAACAAUGAGAGAAGGAACUCUUUUAUCAUCAUCUGUUUCAGAUUUAUUUAAAUAAAAUGACUAGAUUUAUUAACAUUCAAGUUUUAAAUCUAAAGAUCUGAAAAAAGGUUCCUUCUCUUUUGUUAACUUAUUUGCUUAGGGAUCUACAAAUAUUCCAAGUAGUAGCAAUGAUCAUUUUACAUCAAGACUAACAACUUAAUAAUCAUAUUUUAGGAUGAAAACAGAAUAAGGAAGAUCAUAAAUUUAAACCUAAACUAGUUUUGAUUAAAAGUAAGAUAGUUCAGUUAAUUUCAGAAAUAAUAGUACAGAAAUUAAAAAAAUACGUUCCGAUAGUCCUCUCAAUUCCAUUUAAUUCUCAAACAAAUGUCAAAAUAGAAGAAUUCAUAGCUGUAAAAUGAUAGCAAGACCAAAAAAGUAUCCUUAAUUAUUGAAAUAUAAAUUAUUAUGAAUUUUGCUGAAAGAAGAAAUAAAACUAAUCCAGAUUAGCAUUAGCUAUUAAGUAUGAGCAGUUAAAGUUCUUCUAGAAACUCUGCUGUCAAAGCAACAUUAAAAGUGUAUUCUGAAAUGAGGGAAGAUUAAAGCUGUAAAUUGGCCAUGAGAUUUACGUAAUUAAAAAUAGUUCUUGCAACUCAUAAAAUACUGGGAUUCUGCCAUAAAAUCAAAUCUGUAAGAUUACAACAUUAUUUUGAUGUUUUACUUUUAACAAAGACAUAAAAUAUUCAUUCUAUCCCUAUUUAAAAUAAACCUUAAUAAGGGUAAAUUUAAUAUUUGACACCUCCAACAAAAAAGAAAAGUGUUAAAUUUCAACCAAAAUGCUCAAAAGCCCCUUGUUUAGUUUUAAAAUCAAUUAUCAAUAAACAUGUUCUAAGAUAUUUCAAUAUAUUACAAUAUAAUCAAAACUUAAAAAUCAGGCAAAACUCUUUUAAUAAUAUUUUAUUUCAGUUAUUUAAAAAUAAAUAAACUCAGAACUUUGGAAUUCUAAAAUCAAGGCUUUUAUAAUCAAAGGCGUUUAGACGAAUUAAUUUAAUAAUCAAUAAGAAAAUCAAUACAAUUUAAUUUGAAGCUUUACUAUUUAUUUUACAAUAUAUAUAGAAUACUAAUAUUCCUUCUUAAUAAGUAAGUUUAUUGGAUUCUGAGUUUUCCUAAUAACACCAAAUAAUAAAAGAAACUUCCAAUGAUAUACAUGAACAUGAAAAUGAACAUGAAAUAAAUAAUUAAUUAAUGAGUGCUAAAGAAUAAUUGGCAAUGAAAUUUGCCAGUACCUCACUAUUAAUAGGAAUUUUAAGUUAAGUGAUGAUAAAAGCCCAAUUCGCAUUUUUAUUACAUUUAAGAUCUUAAUAAAAUUAAAAAUAAGAUGUUCGAGAAGUUAAAUCUAUUGAUAUAAGUGAGAAUUUAGAUUAAUCUUUAAUUGAAGAAGAAAAAAUAAAACCUAAAAUUAUUGCAGCUAAUCAAAUUUAUCAUUUUUUGACUUAAAAACUCAAAUAAUAUUUCGAAUAGAUUAAUUAAGGCCCAUCAUAAGUUGCUAGACCUUCAAUUAAAAUUUUCAAAGGAGAGAAGAAACAUAAAUCUCAGAAUUAGAAUUUAAAAUUAUUGAUUUUGGGAUAGAAAAUGUUUAAGGAGGAUGAUCCUUAAUAAAAGAGUACAGAUAUAACAGUAAAUGAAAAAAAAGGUUCUUUCAAAGCACUACCUGGAGUACGAUAUGUAACUUAGUAUUCAGAUAUUUCAAAGAAUGGCUUUACAGAUGUAAAAUUUUAAUAUUUUACUUUAUUUAGAGCGAAGUAUCUGAGAAAUCAAUUAUAACAGAUUGUGUAAAUACACUAUAAAAUAUCAAAACUUCAGUUAUAUUGAAAAAUUAAACAAAUCAAAAACAAUAACAUAGAUUGAAUGAUAAGAAAGAAAAACUUAAUUCUGCUAUUCAAUAAUAUUGUAUGCUUUAAUAUAAUUAAUUUAGUGACUCCAAUUAAGAUUCAAAAAAAUUCAUCUCUAAAACUAUCAAAAAUUGAAUAGCAAGCUUAAAAGAAAUUCUCUAAGUUAUAACUUUUGUACUGUUUGCCAAUAAUUUUAAUAAUCUUUAUUUUGAUUUUGAUGAAAUGA